CCACAGAGUGCGUCUCCCUCGCCUCCUGAGAGUCUCGUGGAGGAGGAGCGACCGAGUGGCCCUGGUGGUGGUGGGAAGCAGAGGGCAGAUGAGAAGGAGUUGUCAGGACCUUAUGAAAGUGACGAAGACAAGAGUGACUACAAUCUGGUGGUGGAUGAGGACCAACCCUCAGAGCCCCCCAGCCCGGCUACCACCCCGUGCGGAAAGGUACCCAUCUGUGUUCCUGCCCGUCGGGACCUGGUGGACAGUCCGGCCUCCUUGGCCUCUAGCCUUGGCUCACCGCUCCCUAGAGCCAAGGAGCUCAUCCUGAAUGACCUUCCCCCCAGCACUCCUGCCUCCAAGUCCUGCGACUCGUCCCCGCCCCAGGACGCGUCCACCCCUGGGCCCAGCUCGGCCAGUCACCUCUGCCAGCUCACUGCCAAGCCAGCGCCUUCCACGGACAGCAUCGCCCUGAGGAGCCCCCUGACUCUGUCCAGUCCCUUCACCACGUCCUUCAGCCUGGGCUCCCACAGCACGCUCAAUGGAGACCUCUCCGUGCCCAGCUCCUAUGUCAGCCUCCACCUGUCCCCCCAGGUCAGCAGCUCUGUGGUAUACGGACGCUCCCCCAUGAUGGCAUUUGAGUCUCACCCGCAUCUCCGAGGGUCAUCCGUCUCUUCCUCCCUACCCAGCAUCCCUGGGGGAAAGCCGGCCUACUCCUUCCACGUGUCUGCGGACGGACAGAUGCAGCCCGUGCCCUUCCCCUCGGAUGCACUGGUGGGCGCGGGCAUCCCGCGGCACGCCCGGCAGCUGCACACGCUGGCACACGGCGAGGUGGUCUGCGCAGUCACCAUCAGCGGCUCCACGCAGCACGUGUACACGGGCGGCAAGGGCUGUGUGAAGGUGUGGGACGUGGGCCAACCAGGAGCCAAGACGCCCGUGGCCCAGCUCGACUGCUUGAACCGAGACAACUACAUUCGCUCCUGCAAGUUGCUGCCGGAUGGCCGGAGUCUGAUAGUGGGCGGUGAGGCCAGCACUUUGUCCAUUUGGGACCUGGCGGCGCCCACCCCCCGUAUCAAGGCCGAGCUGACCUCCUCGGCCCCAGCCUGCUACGCCCUGGCCGUCAGCCCCGACGCCAAGGUUUGCUUCUCCUGCUGCAGCGAUGGCAACAUUGUGGUGUGGGACCUGCAGAACCAGACUAUGGUCAGGCAGUUCCAGGGCCACACGGACGGCGCCAGCUGCAUUGAUAUUUCCGAUUACGGCACUCGGCUCUGGACAGGGGGCCUGGACAACACGGUGCGCUGCUGGGACCUGCGGGAGGGCCGCCAGCUGCAGCAGCACGACUUCAGCUCCCAGAUUUUCUCCCUGGGCCACUGCCCUAACCAGGACUGGCUGGCGGUCGGAAUGGAGAGUAGCAAUGUGGAGAUCCUGCACGUCCGCAAGCCGGAGAAAUACCAGCUGCACCUCCACGAGAGCUGCGUGCUGUCCCUGAAGUUUGCCUCCUGUGGACGGUGGUUUGUGAGCACUGGGAAGGACAACCUACUCAACGCCUGGAGGACGCCGUACGGGGCCAGCAUUUUCCAGUCUAAGGAGUCGUCCUCAGUCCUGAGUUGUGACAUCUCCAGGAAUAACAAAUACAUCGUGACAGGCUCGGGGGACAAGAAGGCCACCGUGUAUGAGGUGGUCUACUGAGACAGGAUCCCCCCUUUCCUGUACCCGAAGUCCAGACUCCUAAGGGGAAGCAGCAGCCGCCUCGCAGCCCUGCCUAGGAACCAUUCCUCCCACUGCUCUCUGGCCAACAGCUUCACACCUUCCCCUGCUGCAUGUGGGGGCCGAUGGGCAGAGGACCUUGGUAGAAAUAAAAUGUAUUUAUCACAUCCGCA